ACGAUAAUGGAUUUAUUAGAACCUUCUAAAGAAAUUUUAGAAGAUUUCAAUAAAGCGUAUAAAGAAUACAUGAUAAACAAGACCCUGUUAUAUUUUUGUAAACAGUCUGUAUUCUGUAAUGACAAAGGCUUAGACAUUGAAACUAAAGAUUUAAUUAAGACUUUAAUAGAAAAUAAGGAGGUUCAAGAAUAUGCAUUAUUGAAGAAAGAUCCAAGAAAUAGCGCUGAUAAUAUGAACUUAUUAGGUUUACCGAAUGAACAAAUUAACAUCCUUCCAAGACAAAACCAAACAAUUCUAAUAAGCCAUAUGAACCAGUUAAUGAAAACUGUGUUUGCAAAUAAUUUAAAAAAACUGAAUACAAUAUGUCAAGGUGACUUAACAAAACAUUCACAAGAUACAAAUUUAGAAAACAAGAGAAUGAGCUUACACGAAGAACUAUUUGAUAAUUAUUCCACACUACGAUCAAAAAAACUUGAGAGAAUUGAACUAAUUAAGAGAUUUUUGGAUCUCAAAAAUAAGUUGAUACAAUAUGAUUCAACACAUGCUGUAGAUCUAUUAGAGCAAGGUUAUAUGAUUGAAGACGCCAGAAUUACCCUGUUACAGUAUGCAGCUAAGCGUAGAAUAUUUAAGUCAUCUCAAGCAAUUAAAGCAACUUCUAUUGUGUUGCAGGACAUUGAAUCAGAAAUACAGCUAAUUAAUGAUAAAAUAAAAAAAUUACAAAAUUAGUUAUAUAAAUAUAAAUAUAUUUUUAUAGAACUUAUAACCCCUUUUUACGUCUCAUUAAGUAAUAAGUUUCAGCAAAGAUUACAAAAUGUGUCUGCUGAAACUGAGACAUUUAUGUUAUGUGCGAUCAAC